CAACACCGCACAUUUAUUUCUGUUUACUUCUUUUAAAAGUUCACCCGUGAAGAAAUUCACAUGUUUAUUUUUUGGUGGAUCCUGUGUGUUAGUUAAUUGUGAAGAAAGUGAUGUUUUUGAAAAGUACAUAAAAAGUAAAGACCAAACUCAGAUGAUGUCAUUUAUACCCGUGGUUAAAAAUGAGGUUUUAAACCUAACCUAUGUAGUGAAGUUCUCGUAGACCACAUAUUCAAAAAUUUGAAAAGUGAUAAGCAAUAACUGAUUGUUGAUCGAUAUAAGAUCUCAAAAUGUGAUAUAAAAUGGCUGGUCAAAAUGGAUCAAAGGAGAAAAUCAUUAAAGAAGGUUAUAUGGUGAAGAGGUCUCAGAAUAAAAAUUUUUAUACUCUUGUGAACUAUAAAAAAAGAUGGUUUGUGAUGACGAAGACAUAUCUCAUUUAUUAUGACAAUAAUGAGGCAAAGAGGAAAGAAAGGGGCCGUGUGGAGCUGCAACAAGUGCACUCGAUCGAAGCGGCUUUGGUCGUUUCCAGCCCCGAAGAGAUAGGUUUUCCAGGGGAGCUCUUCGCUUUCCAGAUAGGAUACCAAUCGGAUAACGACUACACUCUGUAUCUCUUAGCAUUCAAAGAUGAGGAUAGGGUAGAUUGGAUAUUAGCUCUUAGACAAGCUUGUGUGAACAAUAAGACUUUGAAAACUCGGUUCCAUUUUGGAAUUUGGAAUGGGAAGAAGUGGAACUGCUGCAAGAAUAACUACAGGGAUAGCAUAGGCUGUGAAAACUCCACUUGGCGCCAUAAUAAAGACUCGAACGAUAAUAGAGAUAAGGAUAGUGAUAAGGAAAAUAAUCUUGCAAAAAGUACCCAAUCAAGUCCUAUCAUGCCAGGAGGUGCAACGCCUGGCACGCCAAAUUCCAAACAAAGGGACAAAAUUCCUAUUAGACCAAAAGUCGUAGUUGCUCUGUAUAAUUACAAAGCUAUCGAGAGUGGCGAUUUGUCGCUCGAGAAAAACCAAGAAUACGAAGUGAUAGACGAUUCACAGGAACACUGGUGGAGAGUCAAAGAUGCCAAAGGAAAUACAGGUUUUAUACCAAGCAACUAUGUGAAGGAAAAGGAUUUAUUAGGUUUACAACAAUAUGAAUGGUACGUUGGUGAUAUGUCUCGUCAGAGGUCGGAAUCAUUACUCAAGCAGGAAGACAAAGAAGGUUGCUUUGUCGUCAGGAAUUCUUCAACCAAAGGACUCUAUACCUUGUCGCUAUACACCAAAAUACCUCAUCCACACGUCAAACAUUACCACAUCAAGCAAAAUUCCAGAGGUGAAUUUUUCCUAUCGGAAAAACAUUGUUGCAAUUCUAUCCCAGACUUGAUCAACUACCAUAAACACAACAGCGGGGGACUCGCAUCUAGAUUGAAAACCAGCCCAUGCGACAGGCCAGCACCUGCCACAGCGGGAUUGAGUCAUGAUAAAUGGGAAAUAGAUCAUAAUGAGCUGAUGCUUCUUGAGGAAUUGGGCUCUGGACAGUUUGGAGUUGUGAGAAGAGGAAAAUGGCGGGGGUCGAUUGAUGUAGCAGUUAAAAUGAUGAAAGAAGGUACAAUGUCUGAAGACGAUUUCAUCGAAGAGGCCAAAGUCAUGACUAAAUUGCAACACACUAAUCUGGUUCAACUUUAUGGAGUCUGUAGUAAAAGCAGGCCAAUUUUUAUUGUAACUGAAUACAUGAGGUACGGUUCCUUACUCAAUCAUUUGAGGCGACAUGAAACUAGUCUAUCGAAUAAUCAAGGUUUACUCUUGGAUAUGUGUAUACAGAUCUGCAAGGGAAUGUCCUACCUUGAAAGGCACAAUUACAUACACAGAGAUCUGGCUGCACGGAAUUGUCUGGUCGGCACUGAGAACAUUGUAAAAGUGGCGGAUUUCGGCCUGGCCAGAUACGUUUUGGACGAUCAGUACACAUCUUCCGGCGGUUCGAAGUUCCCGAUCAAAUGGGCACCUCCUGAGGUUUUGAAUUUUACCCGCUUCUCAUCCAAAUCUGACGUAUGGGCCUACGGGGUCCUGAUGUGGGAAGUGUUCACUUGCGGUAAGAUGCCUUAUGGGAGGCUUAAGAAUACGGAAGUGGUGGAAAGGGUUCAAAAGGGUCUGAUACUGGAGAAACCGAAGGCUUGUUAUAAGGAAGUUUACGACAUCAUGAGGAUGUGUUGGAGUCAUCUUCCUGAAAACAGGCCUUCGUUCCGUGUUCUUAAGGACCAACUUUCGAUGAUCUCUCAAAAUAUCAUAGUCGAUUGACUGACUCGGGUCAUAUGUGACACAAUCAUUUACAAAUCCUCAGGAAGAGCAUCUUCUUCAUCUAAUACGACUUUAGCUUCUUCAUCAGAUCCGUUCUACAACUACGAGCACGCGUUGGUUGAAGUGUGCAAUACAUUGAGAAGAGUCGUUCCCAAAACAAAACGCUUUCAAGAGACUGUGAGCAAGUAAUAUAUAGCAUA